GUGUCUGGAUGAGAUGCGUGAUGCUCUGAAGGAGAAGGUGGUGAAAGCUGUGGUGCCCAGCGUCUACCUGGAUGAUGACACCAUCUAUCACCUGCAGCCCAGCGGACGCUUUGUCAUUGGAGGCCCACAGGGAGAUGCUGGUUUGACUGGCCGCAAGAUUAUCGUGGACACAUACGGAGGCUGGGGCGCUCAUGGAGGCGGCGCUUUCUCUGGGAAGGAUUACACUAAAGUUGACCGUUCAGCUGCCUAUGCGGCCCGCUGGGUGGCCAAGUCUCUGGUGAAGGCUGAUCUGUGCAAGCGUGUCCUGGUCCAGGUGAAUAUUUAGCAGUCUUUCACCAUGCAAUAUUGAAGGGAUUAGGGUUGGGC